AUCAGGAUGCACUUUGCAAUUUUAAUUCCAUGCCCACUCUGCUGCUGUCGUUGGGCAUGGCCGGAAUGGUACACCAAACGAAGAGCGCAAUGGGCAGCAUUACCAGGAAUGGUUGACGAACUCCUCGCUGCAAUUCGCGGCUACUCGGCAAAAUGGCCACCCUUGCAGUGUGACUUUGUCCACAGCAAGAAAGGCAAGAGGUGCCGGCUGAGGGCUGCAGCAUUCUGCACCAGAUGCAAGACGCACCUUGAUGUUGGAGAUCGCGUGCAGUGCCCCCUCGAUCCAUCGCAUACAGUGGAGCGCUGCCACCUAGAGCGACAUUUGGCUACGGCCUGCCCCAGUCUGAGAGACGCGCAGUUUCUGAGAUCUCAGCCAUUCUUCCGGGCGGGAAUCAAUCGCCCGCCGCAGCGCAGCUCUUCACUUGACGUCGGUUCGAUGGAUCGGGAUGCGUGGAUCGCCAGGAUCGAAGCAGUGUUUCCAAAGGCCGUUUGCCAGGCUUUGGGCUGGGACCCAUCGAGCGACGUUGAGCCCAUAGUGCAGCAGUCGCUGAGUGAGGCAGCCGGGGAGAUUGGGCAUUCUGACAAGCACGGCCUGCAGAACCAAUCUUUGUGCCAAUUAGCCUCCGAAGUGUGCGGUGCAAGGCUUUCAGAGGCGAUCAUGGUGGAGUACGGCUGCGGACGAGGGGCUCUCUCCUUGAGUCUGCUGCAAGCUCAUCCCGAGGCCUUGAGCGUGCUUGUGGAUCGGGACACACGCCGCCACCGUGUGGAGCAGCGUCGGGAGGGCCACGAGGUGCUACGCCUGCGGAUGGACAUUGCGGACUUCGACUUGGGAGCCUUGCUAUGGGAGGAGGUCCCGGACACGGAUGCAACGUCUGCUGCCUUUGCGCGCUGCGCACGCAGUGCACAGCGCUCGCGGCAUUUGCAUGUCAUUGCAGAUAGGCUCAGGACGCCGCCCUUUCCUCCCAGAGGUGGCCUGCUGGUUUGUGCUAAGCACCUCUGCGGGAGCGGCACAGACCUUGCGCUGCGGUCCCUACGGGGCACGCGGCGCAGGCCGGCGCCCAUCGAGGUAGGCUUGUGCUGCGCAACUUGCUGCCACCAUCGAUGCGACUUGGACACCUAUGUGAAUCCGGGCUUCCUCUCCGCUUUGGGGCUGACAGACCAGCCCCAGGACUUUGCAGAGUUUGUGUCUGCAGCUGGCUGGGCCGUCGGAGCGGUGGACACUCGCCUUCGACGUGCGGGUGUUAUGGCGAAGCGGAUCUUGGACUACGGCCGAGUUGCAUGGCUCAGCGCGCGGCAGUACAACUCUGUGGCAUGCGCGCCUCAUGGCUAAGGACGCGAGCUUGGCUUCGCAGACGCAAAGGUUGUCUCCUACGUGUCCAAAGAAGUGACGCCAGAAAAUGUUGCCAUUGUUUUCAACGGAAUUUCGGCGGGGACAGAAGAAAAUGCACUGAGACGCAGAAAGCACAGUCACUAGACAGGGACGAAGAACAUCGCAACAACUGUCAACAACA